AUGCUGGACAAUGAAGAACUCGAGUGCGUGGUGUGCUGUUAUCAGUAUUCCCGCAGCGAGCGCAUCCCCCGGGUCCUCCACUGCAGACACACUUUCUGCGCCCCCUGCCUCGAGAAGCUGUCCCAGCUGCAGGGCGCCAUCCGCACCGUCUCGUGCCCUUUGUGCCGCUGGAUCACCUGCACUCGCGCCAGCCUCACCUUGCCUGGAUCCCUGUGGGUCAACACGGAGAUCUGGGACCAGAUAGACGAGGAACAGCUGCAGCAGCGGGAGGAGGGCGAGUCGCACUACGAUAACAGCGCUCAGCUCAGGGAGGCAACGCUUCCCAACUCAAGGCAGUCCGGCUUUAUGACUGCACUGGUGAAAAUGUUCAGCUGCGUGCUGCUUCAGGGACGACAGGUGGAGGGCUGCUGA